AUGCCUUCGCGAAGCCCCAAACCAAAUGCCAAGCCGCAAGGCCAGGCCCCGUCCGAGUACAACGCCAUCGCCGAGCAAUGGGCCAAGGCCAAGCGCGCCCAAGACACGCAAAAGGCCGCCGUCGCGAAGCAGGGCCUGCCUCCCGCAUUAGAGAAUAUCGCCGUGCUGGAGGAACACCGCGAGGCGCUCGAUAAGAAGCGUCAUACCGUCUUUGAGAAGCGCUGGCGAUGGACUCUCGCCUUUUGGGGCUGGCUGCUCGUCGUCCACGCCAUCGGCAUCUGGCUCUUCACCAGCGGCUUUCUCCUCACUCGCCUGGUGCUUGAGGAGAAAUCCAACUGCUCGCACCCCCCGAUCGAGAACACCAAGGGCCUCUUGAACGUGAAGGGUGGCUGCUGGCACCCCAAGUCGUUCGAUCGAGCUGUCGUGGUGCUGGUCGACGCGCUCCGCUACGACUUUACUGUCCCCGAGGACCCGGAGCAGGCGCAAAACUUCCACAACGCCUUCCCAUUCCUUUACGAGACGGCUGUCAAGUCGCCCCAGAACGCGUUCCUGCGACCCUUCAUCGCGGACCCCCCGACGACGACUCUCCAACGGCUCAAGGGCCUGACGACCGGUACACUGCCAACCUUUAUCGAUGCGGGCAGCAACUUUGCGGGCACAGCCAUUGACGAGGACAAUCUAUUGAUGCAGCUGAAGGAUGCUGGAAAGAAAAUUGCCCAUCUGGGCGACGAUACGUGGUGGUCUCUGUUCCCUGGAUAUUUUGAGACCGGUAUCAGCAAGGCCUAUGACAGCUUCAACGUCUGGGAUCUGCACACAGUAGACAAUGGUGUUAUUGACAACAUUUUCCCUCUGAUGAAACCGGAGCGAAAGGGGGAGUGGGACGUACUUAUUGGCCACUGUCUUGGUGUUGACCACGCUGGGCACCGAUAUGGACCGGACCAUCCUGCAAUGACAUCCAAGCUUCAGCAGAUGGACGAGUUUAUUCGAAAGCUGGUUGCGACCAUCGAUGACAAGACCCUCCUAGUCGUCAUGGGUGACCAUGGCAUGGAUGCCAAGGGUGACCACGGUGGUGAGAGUGAUGAUGAGGUGGAGGCUGCCUUGUGGAUGUACUCGAAGAAGCCGUUCUUCGGCCGAACCUCCCCCGAGUUCGCGACUCCUCCCGCAAACGCCAAGAUUCGGCCAGUGAACCAAAUUGAUCUUGUUCCCACACUGGCGCUGCUCCUGGGUAUCCCUAUCCCUUUCAACAACCUGGGAGGCCCUAUCGAGGAGGCAUUUGCCGGGGCCAAGGGCAAUGACUGGCGCAACCUCGCGGCGGUCUCGCGAGUUGCCGCUGCUGGAAUUGAGCGAUACCAGGCUUCUUAUGCCAAGGCUCGUGGAAUUGCCCAAAACACCGCGGAAGGCUCGCCGGCCGCUUUGUGGUCAGUGGCCACGUCCUUGACCAAGGGCGACCGUGCUAUUUAUUCCGCAUUCAAUGAGUUCCAGGCGGAGACGCUGGGUGUUUGCAAGAGUCUCUGGGCCCGCUUUGACGUUCCCCGUAUGGUUAUGGGUAUCGUAGUCUUCGGCCUUGGAGUCGUUGUUCUGCUGAUGUACUCGUCCCGCGACGAAGAUGAUGAGUUUGUCGUCACCAACGACGCCGAGCUCGAUCACGCGGAGAGGAAGCUGGAGCUCAUGGGAUUCCGGGGCGACAUUGCGUCUCAACCGGAUGAGAUUUUGCACAGAGAUCUGCUCAAGGGCAUGUGGGACCCAAAGCUGCUGUUCACUCUGGCAGUUCUCAUUGGCGUUGCCGUGUAUCGCCAGCAGCCAAUGGACGGACUGGCCGCGCUCGUCGUCGUCUUGUUGUUGGUCGGAGUGGGAUCAUCCCUUCAUGAGGCAGGAAAGGGUCUCCUCAACGUCUUCCCGACAUCUCUCUGGGGUUGGUUGGCCGUCAUAUUUACUGUCAGCCAGUCGAUCGGCUUCGCCUCUAACUCGUUCACCAUCUGGGAAGACUCUAUCCUGCUAUUCUUCAUCACCACAUUUGGCGUUGCGAGUGCCAUUACCUCUCUCCGCAUCGAGUCCAAGGUGAGCCGCACUAUGGCUGUGUACCACUCCAUCUCGUUUGUGGUCCUUGGACGUUUGGCCUCGUACUCAAAGCUCUGCCGCGAGGAGCAGAUGCCCUACUGCAUUUCUACGUACUACUCAUCAGCUGCGUCGUCGACAUCAGCUACGUGGCAACUCAUCAUUCCGUUUGUGGUCUUCAUUGUGCUCCCAUCUAUCAUCAAGUCUUUCCUCGCCCCGACAAGGUCGUAUGAGGGCCUUGCGCCUACGUGGAUCGGCUACGUUUUCCGUGGUGGCCUGUUCUUGUCAGCGGCGUACUGGGUUAUUGAUGCGGCUGAUAACGGCGACUGGUUCGCAGGAACACUUCCCGAGGGGACAUUCAAGACUAUUGGUGUCUAUGUGGCUCAAAUCGUCCUCGCCCUGGCAUUUGUAGCUGGAUCAACUGCCUUCAUUUGGGCGCCUCCGUGUGUGUCCAUCUUGUCCUCGGCUUCGAGUUCGGGUCGACCUACCGUGACCAUUCUGGGAUACGCCAACGCCAUUGGCGCACGAUAUCUCUUACUGCCUCUCAACAUUCUCAUGGGCUGUCUCCUCCUUUCCAAGCCAAUGGGCGCUGGGUCCCUUGCCAUCAUGAUGUGGCAGAUUCUCGCACUCGCCGAGAUUCUGGACCUCAACGACCUCAAGACGGACCCCAUUGGCCCCGUCAUGCUUGCCGUCUUGGGUAACUUUUACUACUUCAAGACGGGUCACCAGGCGACGCUGGCUAGCAUCCAGUGGGAUAGCGCUUUUAUCCCUCUCUUUACCAUCCGCUACCCGUGGACACCAAUUGUCGUUGCGCUUAAUACCUUUCCAGGUCAGAUUGUCGCAGCCGCCUCGGUGCCUCUGCUUGCCGUUUGGAAGGUCGGCCCCAAGCAGAGGGGCGUCCUGGAGACUGUCGCGCGUGGCCUAGGCGUCUUCAUCGCCUACUUCGCCGUCGAGGCCCUGGCCACCAUGAGCUGGACGGGGUGGCUGCGUCGCCACCUCAUGCUGUACCGCGUGUUCUGCCCGCGCUUCAUGCUCGCGGGUGUCUUGCUCAUAGUCCUCGAUCUCGUCGCCAUCCUCGUCACGCUCACAGGCGUGCGUAGCAACACUUUGGCUAUUGGCGAGGUUUUCGGGUUUGCCUAG